CUCCGAUCGAACACUACCAAAAUUUUGAGCUCCGUGUUGAUGGUUCUUCAGAAUUAAUUUGGAAGGUUUGCUGAUUUAUUGGUCUUGUAUGAAGAACUGCUGAUGUUUUUCCUUUCUUAAUUCUUUUCGUCUGUGAACUCUUCAAGCUAACAACUCCAUUCUAAGCUUGGAAUCUCAAACUAGAAACAUCUUUGAGGUUGGUGAUGUAAGAUUCUAGCCUUGGGUAUAAUUUGUUUAAGGUGGAAAAAAUCAGCCUCUCUUGGGGGCAUUGAACAGAUCCAAUUUUAGUAUCUGUUUGUAAUUGAUCACGAGAAUAGUCUGAAAAAUCUGGCGCUGGAAAACUACUUGGAUUCGAGCCAGCAAUCGGCUCUACCCCGGAUGGGGCCUUCUCGGGCCGGUGUCGGGAUGGUACAUUCAUCAUCGAGUUCCGGCAUCUUUUUCCAAGGAGAUAUGCAGUCUCAGGCUCUAGGUAAUUCACAUUUGGGCUCUUUUGGGAACUCUGCAAAUUCAAUUCCUGGAAACAUGCGUCCGAACAUGGUACCUAUCUCUGGGGACAUAAGCAAUACUGUCAUGAGUUCGGGACCUAGUAUUGGGGCAAGUUCAUUGGUUACUGAUGCUAACUCGGGGCUUUCAGGAGGUGGUCCUCGUCUUCAAAGAAGUGCAAGUGCCAACAAUGAAUCUUAUAUGCGAUUGCCUGCAUCACCCUUAUCGUUCUCCUCCAAUAAUAUAAGCAUUUCAGGCUCUUCUGUUAUAGAUGGGCCAUCGGCAUUGCAGCAGAGCUCCAAUCAAGAUCCACACUUGCAACAAGUGCAGCAGCAGCCGGGUCCUCGUCAAGGAGCUUCUACCGCCACAUCGUUGCCACCCCCACGAAUUGGCCAAGUUUCACUGCCAAAUGGCUCAAGAGUUCCUGGAUCGUUCAUUCAAGAUAAUGAUAAUAUAUCCCACUUGCAAAAGAAACCUCGGUUAGAUAUCAAGCAGGAAGACAUGAUGCAACAACAGGUUUUGCAACAGAUUUUGCAAAGACAAGAUUCAAUGCAGUUACAAAGCCCAAAUCCCCAGUUACAAACUUUGAUUCAGCAACAGAGACUACGCCAACAGCAACAACAGCAACAGCAGUUGCUGCACUCUCUGCCGCCUGUUCAACGAGCACAUUUGCUUCAGCAGCAGCAGCAGUUGCAGUUGAGGCAACAAUUACAACAGCAGAGCUUGCAACCUGCGGCUGCUGUUAAACGACCCUACGAUGGGGGUGUAUGCUCACGAAGACUGAUGCAAUACUUGUAUCAUCAGCGCCAACGGCCACCUGACAACGGUAUUUCCUACUGGAGGAAGUUUGUGGCCGAGUACUAUUCUCCACGUGCAAAGAAAAGGUGGUGCUUGUCCUUGUAUGAUAAUGUAGGGCAUCACUCAUUGGGUGUAUUUCCGCAAGCAGCUAUGGAUGCAUGGCAGUGUGAUAUUUGUGGGUCAAAAUCUGGAAGGGGCUUCGAGGCAACUUUUGAGGUACUGCCAAGACUUAGUGAAAUCAAAUUCGGUAGCGGUGUUAUCGACGAGCUUUUGUUUCUGGACUUGCCCCGGGAAUAUAGAUUUCCUUCUGGAAUAAUGGUUUUGGAGUACGGGCAAGCUGUCCAAGAAAGUAUAUACGAGCAACUUCGUGUAGUUCGUGAGGGUCAGCUCAAAGUUAUUUUCACCCCCGACUUAAAGAUAUUGACAUGGGAAUUCUGUGCACGACGGCAUGAGGAGCUUCUUCCCCGUAGAUUGGUUGCACCUCAGGUAAAUCAGUUGUUACAAGUUGCACAAAAAUGCCAAUCAACAAUUGCUGAAAGUGGUUCUGAUGGGAUCUCCCAGCAAGAUUUGCAGACGAAUAGCAAUAUGGUUGUGACGGCCGGGCGGCAGCUUGCAAGGAGCUUAGAGUUGCAAUCAUUGAAUGACUUGGGUUUUUCUAAAAGAUACGUUAGGUGCUUACAGAUAUCUGAAGUUGUCAAUAGCAUGAAAGACUUGAUGGAUUUCUGUCGAGAUACUAAAGCUGGACCUAUCGAAGGAUUGAAAAAUUUUCCACGGCAAACAAGCGCAGCCAAAUCACAAAUGCUAAAGAUGCAGGAAAUGGAACAGCUAUCUAGCAUUCAGGGCCUCCCGGCAGACCGAAACGCGCUCAGUAAGUUGGUGUCAAUGCACCCCGGGCUCAAUGGUCCAUUGAGCAACAAUAGUCAUCAUAUGGGUAGCCAAGGAGCCGGGAUAAGUGGUUCAGCCCAGGCUGCACUUGCACACUCCAACUACCAGAACAUGCUAAUGAGACAAAACUCGAUGAAUUCAAACUCCCAACAGGAAGCUUCGUCUUCUUUCAAUAACUCGAGCCAAAAUGGAUACCUGGUUCAAAGUUCAGCGAAUAUGCUCCAGCAGAGGCCUAUGUUUCAGGUUCAACAAAACCAUCAGCAGUCGCCAUCGAACAGCAGCAGUCAGGCCUUGCAACAGCAUAUGAUUCAGCAACUGCUUCAAGAUAUGAAUAAUGGUGGCGGCAGCGGUGGUGGUGGAGGGGCAAAACCGUCUGUUUCUGGGCAGAGUGGUGCUAGCGGGAGCAUGGGCAGGGAGGGGUUGAGAUAUGGGAUUUCGUCAUCAGGGACUUCACCGCGGCCGCCAGCGGUGCCGACCAGAAGCAACAGUUUCAAAGGGGCUACACGCAGCGACUCUUCUGCAGGUGGUGGCGGCAACGUGAAUCAGAAGGCAAGCGACGUGGCACAUUUGUGUGAUGAUAUUGUUCAGGAUAUAGGUAGCGAGUUUACGGGGAACGGGUUUUUUGACAAUGAUGAAUUGGAGGAGGGAAUGGGAAUGGGAAUGGGGAUGGGGAUGGGUUAUGGUUGGAAGGGAUGAACUUCAAAUCUGUGUACAGUUGUAUUGAUCAUGAUAUACCUUUUUCAUCUUGUUUUGUUUUCAGUUGUGGAAAUCCUCAAUUAAAUACUAAUUUUCAAUUAUCCAUCA